AUGUAUGGUGCGGCGUCUGUUAAAAAUAACAAAACAUUGUCAUAUUUGGCUACCGGAGCUAGUUUCAACUCGUUGUCUUUUGAGUAUCUAAUGGGAGCUUCUACAAUACGAGAUAUAACUAAAUCUACAUGUGAGCAAAUAUGGAACAUACUUCAACCGUUAUUUAUGGCAAUCAAACAAGAAGAUGACUGGAUUAAAAUUGCUGACCAAUUUUAUACUCGCACAAACUUUCCCAAUAUCAUUGGAGCGAUAGAUGGCAAGCAUAUUAGGAUGAUACAACCAGAACAUUCCGGAACAUCAUAUUUUAAUUACAAAAAAUUCUUCUCUUGCGUUUUAAUGGCUUGGGCAGAUGCAGAUUAUAAAUUUGUUUACAUAGAUGUUGGUUCUUAUGGAACAGCUAGUGAUUCAGAAAUAUUUAAAACAUCUGAAAUGGGAAAACGGCUUUCUGAAAACCAGCUUAAUAUUCCCUCCGGGAGGCAUUUGCCAAAUGAUGAUGACGGAAAUGUCAUUCCAUUCUCUGUCGUUGGUGAUGAAGUAACUGUGGGCGAACGCCGCGAGACUGUAGGUGAGUGGGCAUAG